UUCAAUUAGAGGCCGUUGCUAUGCCGACAAGUAAACAUUAUGUAUUCGUAAAGUAAAAUAAUUGAAACGUAAAGUUUACUGUAUUAAAAUAUCCAUUUAUUAUGAGUCUAAAUAACAAAAACGUUCUUCCUAAUUUUAAUGAUACGGAACGUUCAACAAAAAGAAUUUUUCUAUCAUCCGUAGAUAAAAACAAUCGAUUCUGCUUAGAUGAUUGCAUGGUGAUUAAAAAUAUGCAACAAAGGGAAGAUGAAGAUGUAGAGAAAAACAUAGAAAUAAAAUUAAAAAGAACGUCUUUGGAGGAUUUAUCACGAUGGUUUUUACAUCCUUAUCACGCUUCCUUUCUCUAUCCAGAUGAAGCGGUGAAAAACACAGAAAAUGAUGACAAAAGUAAGAAAAACGAUCGAAUUUGUUAUUGCGGAUUUAAAAAAUCUCUCAUUUUAACAGAUUAUGAGACAGAAAUAAUAAAAAAAUCCUUAUAUAACCAGAAAUAUUUUUCAUUGAAACACGAAUUCCAUCCAAAUUCUUCAAAUACAUUUUUACUUUCUGCCUUUGAACACAGGAUAUCUUUGAUUAAGUUACAGCAAUUGAAAGAAGAAGAGAAAGAGAUUCUUCACUUGAGACGAUUAUUAGAAUUGGAUAGGAUUCGCCCUCCAGUACCUUAUUGGUAUGAGAAAAAAGAUAGACAUUUCCAUGACGAAGUUCAUCGCUUAAACUUCAUUAUGAAAUAUCCUCAAGCAUGGAAUCAUUAUCUUAGAAUAAGAAAUGAAUCCGAAUGUAUGGUAACAUCUAUUGAAAAUAAGAAAAAUAAUAUAAAGGAAUUAUAAAUAUUAAUUAAUUUUAUAAAUGAAUGAACACUACAAUGGUAUUUCGAAUAGGGUAAAUAAUAAGCAUA